CAAUCAUGUAAUUUUGCCUAUUUUCACAUGAGAAAAACAUCUAUUUUCUUGCUUACGAAAAGUGUAGUCCUUUGGUCUUCUCUUUUUCUCUCUCGAUUUUUUUGUGCAAUAAAAUCCACAUCCUCAGAAUCGUAUCCAAAUAUUACAGUCAUCUUGAUUUUCUGAGAUUCUUUUUUACUCUUCUGUUCUAUUCUUUCUCUCUCUCUCUCUCUCCGAAUUUUCCCCCUUUUCUCUCUCUUUUUCCCUCGAAGGAUCUUCUUUUUUCACUUAAAUAUUCUGGAAUUCUUACAUCAAUUGCUCAAAGGGUUUUAACGGAGAACAAAAACCCUGGUCUGUAAGUUCCUCAUCAUAUGAAGAUCUAACAAUUUGUAUCUAUUGAGCCUUUUUCUUCAAGAAAAAAUGUCUCAGACUCACUGGGAAGCUGAUAAAAUGUUAGAUGUUUAUAUACAUGACUACUUGGUAAAGAGGGAUUUAAAAACUUCAGCCCAAGCAUUUCAACAAGAGGGAAAAGUCUCAUCUGACCCUGUUGCUAUUGAUGCACCUGGUGGCUUUCUAUUCGAAUGGUGGUCAGUCUUUUGGGACAUAUUUAUUGCAAGAACCAAUGAGAAACACUCAGAAGUUGCAGCCUCUUACAUUGAGACACAGUUAAUCAAAGCAAGAGAACAACAACAACAACAACAACAACAGCAACCACAACAACAACCACCACAUCCACAACAACAACAGCAACAACAACAACAACAUCAACAGAUGCAAAUGCAACAGCUCAUGUUGCAACGCCAAGCUCAACAACAACAACAGCAACAACAACAACAACAGCAGCAACAACAGCAACAACAGCAGCAACAACAGCAACAACAGCAGCAGCAACAACAGCAGCAACAAGCACAGCAACAGCAACAACAACAACAAAGGAGAGAUGGGGCCCACCUUCUGAAUGGGGCAUCAAACAGACUUGUUGGAAAUGAGCCACUUAUGAGACAGAAUCCUGGAGUCAAUGCUAUUGCUACAAAAAUGUAUGAGGAGAAAUUGAAAGUCCCACUUCCUAGAGACUCUUUAGAUGAUGCAGCUAUGAAGAGAUAUGGUGAGAAUGUGGGCCAGCUUUUGGAUCCCAACCAAGCUUCAAUCUUGAAAUCUGCUGCUGCAGCUGCUGGACAACCUUCAGGGCAAGUGUUACAUGGGACAGCUGGCAGUAUGUCUCCUCAAGUUCAAGCUCGUAGCCAACAACUUCCAGGCUCUGCACCUGAAAUAAAAACGGAAAUGAAUCCAAUUUUGAAUCCUAGAGCAGCGGGUCCCGAAGUAUCACUAAUUGGGAUUCCUGUCUUGCUAAACCUUGCAAUUCUUUCAUUUGUUGUUUCAACAUUUCCUCCUGAAGCUCUAUCUCUCGCAAAUAAUACCAAAAACAGGAGCAAGGGCAAAAUAGUCCAACGGAAUAACAAAGAAGAACAAAUGGCAUCGGCAAGAAAGAUUGAAAACAGAAAGCAACAACACAUUUUGGCUUAUUAUUGCUGA